CUAAAGAUGAACUCAACGUAUCACAGCGAGGACACUUCUCUCCUGAACUUCACAUGUAGUUAUGAUGCGAGUAACUGCAACACAAACCACACAGAAAAUCACCAUCAUCUGCCGCGCUUCACCACCGCGGCUCAGGUCCGAGUCACCGUCACCAUCAUCCUGUGCGCACUGUCUGCCUGCUGCAACCUCGCCGUGCUUUACUCGGCCAACCAUAACCGCAGAAAACAAUCACACGUCCGUGUCAUCAUUACCAAUCUGGCUGUUGCGGAUUUACUGGUCACGUUUGUCGUCAUGCCGCUGGAUGCCGCGUGGAAUAUAACGGUGCAGUGGCUCGCGGGAGAUGUCGCGUGUCGAUCACUGAUGUUCCUCAAACUCUUGGCCAUGUACUCCUGCGCUUUCAUGACCGUGGUGAUAAGUUUGGACCGACAGGCUGCUAUUCUAAAUCCUCUUUCCAUCAACCAAGCUAGGAGGAGGAAUAAAGUUCUGCUGAGUGUGGCAUGGACCAUGAGUAUCGUGUUGUCCUUGCCACAGGUGUUUGUUUUCCACGUGGUGGUGAUUGAUUUCCCCGAGCAGUUUAUCCAGUGCACAACCCACGGCAGUUUCAGCUCACGGUGGCAGGAGACUCUUUACAACAUGCUUACCUUCACCUUUCUCUUCCUCAUACCCCUCCUAAUCAUGAUCUCUUGCUACACCAGGAUACUGUUUGAGAUCUCCAAGAAAAUGAAAGACAACUUGGUUUCGAACAGAGUCCAGCUGCGCAGGUCAAAGAACAACAUCCCAAAGGCACGUAUGCGUACGCUGAAGAUGAGCGUGGUCAUUGUCCUGUCAUUCACGGUGUGUUGGACACCCUACUACAUGCUUGGUCUUUGGUACUGGUUCUAUCCUGCUGGACUGGAGGAAACCGUGUCGCAAUCCCUCUCACACAUGCUCUUUGUCUUUGGGUUGUUAAACGCAUGUUUGGACCCCAUCAUCUACGGUCUCUUCACCAUUCCACUGUGUAGAGGCAAGAGGCAACGACGGCAUGACAGUAACAUGGUCACCUUAGAGCUAGAGAACACUAAUAACUCUCUGAUGACUUCCCUCAGAUGCUCUGCCUCCUCUUUCACCUUAAAAAGACUGGCAGUUCAGCACACUUCUAGGGAAAUGCUAGAAUUAGAAGAAGAGCCAUGUAAAAAGAUGACUGGGGCAGAUUCUGGUAUAGUAAUAAAUGUUUGCGUGUUUUUUUUUUUAUGAAAUCAUUUUAGUUUAAGCCAAUUCUAUUGUGAGCACUUGGAUCAUACACACUGUUAAUCUCAAAACUACUGGGUUAUUUUCAACCCAUGGUUUUGUUAAAAAGGAACAAACCCAUCUGUUUGGUUUAAAUUAUCCUAUGCUGGGUUGUUUCAACCUAUGCCUGGGUAAAAUAUGGAUAUUUUCUACAUUCCUUUAAGCUAGUGGUUGGUAACAAUGAUAACAACCCAGUAUGCAUUAACAUGUCUAAAUAAGAUAUGUUUUGAUUUUUUUCAGAGUAACACAUUUUUGUCUUGUGGUCAAACGUAAAAGGACAAUAAAUUAAUUGGAAAUCAAAGCUUUUGGGUGCUCAGCAGAGAUCAUUAUUUCUUAGAACUCAACGCGGAUAGGCUGUGACUUACAUCAUUAUAUGUACCACAUCUUAACAUAAAUCAUAUCAAAAUCUGUCUUCUGCCCACGGCAAU